AUCAACUAGAAACUGACAGAAUAGUAAAAGAGGAAGAUUUUGCAAAGAUUAUUACAAGUAAUCAAGAGAAGUUUAAAGAGCAUGCAAGGAAAAUGGAAUGUGAAGUAAAACAAAAAGAAGCUUACAUGGUUAGGUUGAAAGAGGAAUUGACUAAAGAAAAGAAAAAACACGAUUCAGAAAAAAAGGACUUAUUGUUAAGGUUGAGUAAAGUUACAGGAGGAAACCUAACGUUAGAUAAUCCAAAUAUUGCUAAUCUAAGUGACAAGAACCGUCCCACCAAACUUGCAGAGGAAUUUUCUGAACUUUAUGACAAUGAAUGGACGGAUACAUUUGAAGUUCUUAAAACUGAUGAACAGGAUAGAACGACCUUCAUGCUUCAUUUAUUACAGAGAGCAAGCACUUUUUGUAAGCAAAUAUCAAACGAUCAUAUGGAGAGUAUCAAGAAAAGUUUGUGUUCUCUGACUCUCCGAACUCAGUUGCCGAACAGGAUUAAUGUUGGCACAAAUGAAAUGUUGGGAAUCCUCAAAAAUGAAAAGAAUCAAGUUUUAAAGAAUGAGGUGAUUACAAUGCCUUUUGACACUUUGCAAACUCAUCAAAGGAAGAUUGUGAUGGAUUUGCGAAAGUUUGUUGAAAAACAGCUAUCUAAUCAGCUUGAAAUGGAGGUCGCAAAUGUUAUAGCUUCUGAAAAUGAUAUCAAUACAGAAGGAGAUGAUACGGUUGUAAAAUAUAUAAAGAAAUGUGUUAACAUAUGCUGGACAAUGUGUAAACACGAGCCCCCCGUACACAUUGACUUCCCUGUUCUACAAGUCAAUCACAAAUUUGAUACUAAUGUUUUCAAACCGUACACAAAGUCAGGCAAAUAUCUGCAUUUCAUUGUAUGGCCUGCAUUGUUCCUUUACAAGGAUGGUCCAAUGCUUUGCAAAGGGGUUGCACAAGGAAAAAAUUGACAAGCAAGUACUGUUUCUUGUUUUUAUUCAUCAAAUAUAUUAAUUUCUGUAACCAUUUUGAAACCUUCUAUU